AAUUAGACUCUUUUAAAUUGGAUCCGAAUUCUGCAGUUUCUUUUUAAUAUAUUUUUCCCUUUAUUUUCGUCUUAACAAAAAUCCUCUUGUUUUAGGGUUUUCUCUGCAAUCCCUAAAUUCUUGAUCGAAAUUGAAAGGGAAAAAAGGGGAAAGAUGUGGGUAGCGAGAUGGAUGAUAAUAGGGUUAGUAUAAUUAGGAAGGUGUUGAAAUCAAUUUACAAGAAGAAUUUGGCAAUGGAAUUGGAAUUAGAGAUGAGUUAUUUUAUAUUUGGAUGCCGAUUCCGAUUCCAGUCGGCAUUCGAUUCUUAUUCCAUAGCUUGUGAAGCCUUCUCUGAACAUUUUAAUCAACAACAAAAACAACUUCGAUUUUCUUCUGUUAAAACCAUACUGCUUUAAUAUUUGCUAGUUUUUUUUUUUUUUUUUUUAAAUAGUUCUUUCGGUGGCGCGUCUUUUGUUUGGCUCUGCUAUUACUUUAUUUUUUUGGUAGAAAAUGGAUUUCUGUUCGCGCGACGAUGAUGAUUCUGAGUUUGAAGAGAAAGACCCUACUGGAAGAUACGUUAGGUAUGAUGAAGUCUUGGGAAAAGGUGCAUUCAAGACUGUAUAUAAGGCAUUUGAUGAAAUUAAUGGAAUUGAAGUGGCAUGGAAUCAAGUGAGUGUUGAAGAUGUGUUGCAGUCUCCAGACCAGCUGGAGAGAUUAUAUUCAGAGGUUCAUCUGCUCAAGUCAUUGAAACAUGAAAAUAUCAUGAAAUUCUACAAUUCUUGGGUGGAUGAUAAUAACAAGACUAUUAACAUGAUAACAGAAUUGUUCACUUCUGGGAGUCUGAGGAAAUACCGUAAGAAGCAUAAGAAUGUUGAUAUCAAGGCCAUCAAAAACUGGGCUAGACAAAUUCUUCGAGGUUUACACUAUUUGCACAGUCACAAUCCUCCUAUCAUCCAUCGUGAUUUGAAAUGCGACAAUGUUUUUGUUAAUGGAAACAAUGGAGAAGUUAAGAUCGGAGAUCUUGGACUAGCAACUGUCAUGCAGCAGCCUACAGCCCGAAGUGUUAUUGGUACUCCUGAGUUCAUGGCUCCAGAGCUCUAUGAAGAGGAAUAUAACGAACUUGUUGACAUCUAUUCUUUUGGAAUGUGCAUAUUGGAGAUGGUUACUUGUGAAUACCCAUAUAGUGAAUGCAAGAACCCAGCACAAAUAUAUAAGAAGGUUACCUCGGGCAUAAAGCCUGCUUCUCUUUGUAAAGUGAAUGACCCCCUAGUUAAGCGAUUCAUAGAGAAGUGUAUAGUUCCAGCAUCUAUGAGAUUGCCUGCAUUAGAGCUCUUGAAAGAUCCUUUCUUAGCGACUGAAAAUCCAAAGGAACUUGUUUUUGCUUCUUUGCAUUUACCAGAUCUUAUGCUCAAGCAAGUCAGCCGUGGGCAAUCAGAAUCCUAUCCCAUGGAUAUUGACUCUAACCACAAGAAGCUUUCUGUAGGUUCUUGUACCAAAAGCAUGGAUGAGUCUUUGCAUUUUUCUACUUCAGAAUUUCAGAGGCUGACAGUGAAAAAUGAGUUCAGGUUAAGAGGAGAGAAAAACGAUGAUAAUACAAUUUCAUUAACUCUGCGGAUUGUUGAUCGAUGUGGUGGAGUAAAGAAUAUCCAUUUUACAUUUUACCUCGAUUCUGAUACUACUCUUUCGAUAGCUGAAGAGAUGGUUGAACAGCUUGAUUUGUCAAAUGAAGAUGUGGCUAUUAUUGCUGAGCUGAUUGAUGCCUUAAUACUGAAGCUUGUUCCUCACUUGAGUCAAUCUGGAAGUACUUCAAGUAUGCCAAAUGGCUUCUCUGAACUGCAUAAUGAUGCAACUUUCAAGGUGGCUAGUAAGCAUGAUUUCUUGCCUUUGGCUGAUCUGAAGGGUCAAGAGACUCAAGAUUCACUUCUUUCAGAACUAUCUACUGAACUUCCUUUGACAGUCGCCUCUGAUGCCAGUACUAACAAGCCCUUGGGAUCUUCUGACUACACUAUUGACUUUAAUACAUAUGAGUUCGGUUCUGAUUUUAUGAUGCAUGGUGAUGGUACAUUUAAAUAUGGCAAAUACACCAAACAUUCAGAGAAGCACCUGCCCUCAGCUAAAGGAGAGGUGCAGGAUGAUCUAAAGCUAGAGCUUGAUGCAAUUGAUAUGCAGUAUAAUCAGUGUUUCCGAGAACUCUCGAUGAUGAGGGAGGAAGCUAUAGAAAAUGCCAAAAAGAAGUGGAUAACAAGGAAGAAAGUACCUGCCAUUUGAUUUGCAAAAUAUUCUGAGGACUUCUUAUCCUUGGGUUUACUGUUGAUAAGCUUGUCAGUAGCCCUUUCCUGUCGGCACCCUUUCUUAAGUUUUUUUUUUCUGAUGCUUAUUGACCGUUUGAUUUUAACUAUGGUCAUUUAUUUUCUUGUAAAUAGAGAAAAUUGAGGCACUGAAGAGUGCAUCUUGAUUCAUUAAUUCAUGGUUGUUUUCUUA